CCCAGAUCACCCGUAUAGCCUCACAGUAUAUCUCUGUUUUUACUUUUUCAGUGAAUCAUUGUUGUUCUGACCAUGAAGAGUCAAGAGAUUGGUAGCAUGUCUCAUCACAUGGUAGUGUGGAUUUGCGUCUGUGUAGAGAUUAUUUUGGGUGCAUAUGGCGAGUCUUGUUUUACUCCAUCCAUUUAUACUGCGGCUCCCCAAGAAAUAGAUGUGGGUUAUGUUCUGUCAAAAGUGCACGUAGCUGGCUGUGCUUCCCAACUGAAACGUGUUGAGACAAGUGACCCUGACUUUGCCAUGCACCUAGAUGGCACCAUUGUUGCUCUUCACAGCACCGAGGUGCCCUCCACUGGGAGGUCCUUCUCAGUGUGGGCCCAGGACACUGAUGGGGGGCAAAGUAAAAUGGAGGUCUACAUCUCCCAGAAGUCAACUCAGCCGCCAAAGUCUGGAAUUCUAAGACGUUUCAAAAGAAGAUGGAGCCCUCCUCCCCUCAGUAUUGUUGAAAAUGACAUGGCAGGGCUUCCCAAGGAUGUCGAGCUGGUUGGAUCCGAUUCAUCUCUCGCCUACUCUGUGUACUAUGAGAUUUCUGGUCCUGGAGUGGACAGGGAUCCAGUGGGGGUAUUUACUGUGGACAGGAACUCUGGGAUGCUGAGGGUCCACAGACCCGUCGACCGUGAGGAAUGGCCUCAAUUUCAAAUUACUGUCCGGGUCUUUGAUAAGUUAACUAAUAAGCAGACUGACGAACCCCUGCCUCUUAAAGUCCAAGUGAUGGACGUGAACGAUAACGCCCCAACAUUCACUGGGUCACUAAAAUUCUCUGUUUUGGAACAGAGUGCAGGUGCUGUAGUUGGACAGGUUAAUACAACAGACCGUGAUGAAGCUGGCACAGACCACACCAAGAUUAAGUACACUCUUUUGGAUGGCAACAACCUGUUUUCUAUUGACUCUCAAACUGGUGUCAUUAAGACGAAAACUGCCACACUUGAUCGAGAGGUGAAAGAUAAGCAUUUCAUCACAGUGGAGAUAAGAGACAUGAAUGGAGCAUCAAAUGGUUUGUUUAACACAGCCACAGCCACGAUUCUUUUGGAAGACAUCAAUGACAACCCACCAGUUUUCUCAAAGACCUCUCACAGUGUAAACGUUAAAGAAAAUGUGGAGGGAGAAACUCUUCUGCUCAGAAUUCCAGUGGAAGAUAAAGACCUGACAAAAACACCCAACUGGAAGUCUUUGUUUGCCAUUACCAAGGGCAAUGAGACCGGCCUUUUCAGGAUUGAGACCGACCCUGAAACAAAUGAGGGACUUUUGUACCUGACGAAGCCCUUGGACUAUGAAAAGAACAAAGCUUUGAAGCUUGAGGUUCAGGCUCGGAACGAGGCAGAGUUGAGUGGCACCCAGGCCAGCUGGGCCUCCAUCCCCAUAAAUGUGAAUGUGGAGAAUGAGAACGAGGGACCAGUGUUCAUGCCCGCAAACUUGAAACUGAGAAUCAAAGAGGGCCUACCCAAUGGCACAGUCAUUGGCACAUACACUGCAAAAGACCCAGAGACCAGUAGUAGCACAGGGAUCAGGUAUUAUGCGGCCUCAGACCCAGCUUCCUGGAUUGAGGUGGUUGAGACCACUGGCGAAUUGAAGAUCGCCAACACUGUGGACCGAGAGUCUGACUUUGUCAAGAACGACAUGUACAACAUCACCGUGAAAGCAGUUGAUCCCAGUGCUAAGACAGGAACAGGAACCGUCUUCAUCACUAUUGACGAUGAGAACGACAACAUUCCACUUCUCCCGACUCACGACCUGAUUGUGUGUGAGAAGGAUGGGCAGCUGGGUUCUGUGGUGGUGGCGGCAGAGGACAAGGACAAGACGCCAUAUUCCGCCCCCUUCCUGUUUAAACUGGGAGAGCCUUAUGAAGGCAAAUGGACACUGAGUAAACUCAAUGGCACGGCAGCCACUUUGCAGCAGGCUGGCGAGCUUCCCACGGGGACGUACACAAUCCCUGUGCUGGUCAAAGACCUACAGGGGAUGGGAGACACACAGACGGUCACAGUGAGGAUCUGCCGUUGCCGGCUCAAUCAGUGUGUAGCCAGCCAGAGGUCCACUGUGCUGGGGGCCGGAGGCAUACUGGCCAUGCUGCUGGGCCUGGCCCUGCUCCUGCUGCUCUGCGUCCUGGCGGCUUUUGUUUGUGUGAGGGGGGAGGACAAGUUGGUGCUUGAGGAUACACAUGGGAGUGGCGGAAUGCUGCUGAAAUCUAACACUGAAGGGCCGGGUGAGGAGGUUUCCAACAUUGUUAUUGUGCCCUCAACGGGGAUAGAUCAGUCAUUGGUGAAAGGUGCCGUAGUGGACUGUGGACAGUUUGAAUCCAUGAACACCAUGGGAGUCGCGGACGCCACCUCCAUGGCAGGAGCCUGGCAGGACUCCCAGCAGGUCUCCCAGCAGGUCUUCCUGCAUCCAUCCUCAGACAUGCUAGACAGGAACAGCCAGUAUGACCUCAGGGCAGAGAACAGUGCCUUCCUCCUAAACCAGAACAGUGCCUUCCUUCUAAACCAGAGGGAUGAAGCUACUCUUCAAACAUGGAGAACUAACGGCGUCUAUUUAGACAUGAAGCUGGAUUACCUGCGCUCAGGUGAGGACGGUAGAUACGCAGAUGACAUCCUUCACUCGUAUGGCUUUGAGGGGGAGGGCUCUGUGGCUGGCUCAGUGGGUUGCUGCAGCGACCAGAACCCUAAUGACAACAUGGACUUCCUCAACACCCUCGGUCCAAAGUUCAGAACACUGGCAGAGGCUUGCAACAAAAAAUGAUGACAGUGGACGAAACAUGAUGGGAGUGUUUUAGUUUUUUUUACUAUUCAAAUGUUUUGUUUUUAUUUUGGUAAUUUUCAAAAAGUUACAUAAGAAAUUGACACCAAUGCUGUUAAAGUUAUUUACACCUCGAGCCUCAACUGCUCCUGAACUCAACGAUCUCAUAGGUCAUAGCUGUAAGGGUGUAGAAAGAUGAGAGGAUUAUCAUCUCAACUUAUAUUUAUAUCAUAAAUUCAACUCAUGUCUGUAUUGAAAUCCAAAAAUGAUAUGGGAAUGGCAUCUGGUGAAUCAGUUGUAUAGAUUCUACUCUCAUGCAGCCAGCUGUGGGCAUCCCGGGUUCAGAAAGUAAAAAUCCUGCCAAAUAUUUGCUCCAAAGACUUAGUAAUCAGACGAUCAAAAUUAGCACAUCUCUUAAGCCAGAUAGUGCAGCUAAUUACGUGCAUUACAGUACGUGCACAGGCAGAAGAAAUGGAGGGAUUUUUACUUUGUAAAUUCAGUGUUGACUCCACGUCUCAGUGCAGCUGUAUUAUGGAUUAUAAGCACUCGAGAAUGAGGUGUUCAUUCUGGAUGGAGAGACAUCAUUGCAGACAAGUAUUGGCUAAGUUUACUGUACAGUAUGUGUUUGUGUUGUUUAUGUGCUGUUGUCGUGGACCUCUGAUGGAAGUGAUAAUUCUUACAUGAUGGAAAGUAAUACUUUCUAUAAUGUUUUGUUUUUUUCGUCAAAAUUGUUUGCACUUAUAUUUGCACUGGGGCUAUCGUGACACAAUGCUGUAUACACAAAUUUCUUAAUGGCCCAUUUCAUUUGGAAUUCUCCUUUUGAGAGAGUUUACAAUGUGUUACAUGCGUUCAAUAUAACACCGUUUCAUAGCAGGAGUCAGAAGGAGUUUACCUUUGGUUUGGUGUCAUGAAUGGGUAAAUAUGUUAUGCAGUUUGCUGUUAAGUUCUCAAUUUUAUACAUAUCUGUUUGUUAAAUAAAUGUUUCUUCUUA